CUGUCUUCCGGGAAGACUAAUAGGCUCCAUGCAGAGUAAUGUGACCAAUUGAAUCAUUCUCGCCCCAGAGCUGGAAGCUGCAGAUCAGAGGAGCAGAGAGCAUCUCGCUCGGUUCUGACUUUCAACACGAGGAAACUUCUCUGGGGUGACACUCAACCACUUUGUGCUGUGGAACUCCUCUGGGAUUUUACACUUUGUUCUGCAAGGAACUAGUGGCACUCUUUCCGCCUCGGCCUCAGCCCUGUUUGCUUGCUUUUGCAGACCACAGACCAGCUCUUGGGUGAAAAGGUCAGAGGGUCCCUGUGUGGCCCUGACUGCAGCUCCAGGAUCAUCCUCACCUUGAACCUGCCCUGCUUGCGAUCCACCUCUAAGAAUGACAACCAAAUCCACCAGCAGUGUUCUGGGUGGGAAGGCUUCUUCUUCUCCUCUCUUGUCUUCUCCACCUCACCAGCGCCUGGUCACCAAAGAUGGACACUGUUCUCUUAGUCCUCCUCUGUGUCCCUCUGGUUCAUGGUGUGGGGCCUUCAGCAGAGCUUGGCUGCUGGCCUUGCAGGAUUUGUGGGGACUGUUGGUGGGUCUGCGAUGGAGAUGGGUUCUACUGGCCUUCUGUGCCUCCUUCCUUGCCCACUGGCUGCUGUUUGCCUGCCUGUGGUACUUGCUGGCUCACCUCAAUGGAGACCUGGCAGUAAAGGAUCAUGAUGCUCCUCCCCAGGGGCAUGUGGUUUGUGUGAAACACAUAACCAGCUUCACUGCUGCCUUUUCAUUCUCCUUGGAGACACAGCUGACCAUUGGAUAUGGCACCAUGUUCCCCAGUGGGGACUGUCCUAGUGCUAUAGCACUGCUGGCUGUUCAGAUGCUGCUGGGGCUCAUGCUGGAGGCUUUCAUCACAGGUGCAUUUGUAGCCAAGAUCGCACGUCCCCAGAAGCGGGCAGGAGCCAUCCAGUUCAGCCCGUACGCAGUGGUGGGACAACAUCAGGGCCAGAAGUGCCUCAUGCUGCGAGCCACCAACCUGCUGCAGCGACCCCUGGUGGAUGUGAAGGUGAGUGCCGUUCUCUACGAGGAGCAUGAUGGUCAGGCCCUCCACCAGACUUCUUUGGACUUCCGCUUGGAUAAUCUGGGGCAGCAGCAGCCUUGUCCUUUGUUCAUCUUCCCGCUCACCUUUUACCACCCACUGGACUGCAGCAGCCCCCUCUACCCUGCCCUGUGCGAGGGCACGUCCACCCACUUUGAGCUGGUGGUCUUCCUCUCGGCCUUGCAAGAGGGAACUGGUGACUCCUGUCAGAAGAGAACCUCCUACCUGCGCCAAGAGAUACAAUUUGACCGUUGCUUCGUGCCGGCGUUGCUGAUGGAUGCUCGGGGGAGGUACAUGGUGAGCACCCAGCAAUUUGACACGAGCCACUCGAAGGAGCCGUUGAACAAGGAUUGUGUCGUGCAGAUCAACGGAGAUGGAAGCGACAGGAUGGAGUAAAGAUGCUGUAGGGGAGGUCUCAAUAGGACAGGCGGUCAUGUCAGUGGGGCAUCUGGGGAGGGUAACAGUGGGCCGGGUGUCUCUGUCAUGAACUUCUUUAUUUUAAUGAAUAGAUCUGAAUUUGUUUUGAAAUGAAAAUGUAUCACAGACAUGGGUGCUGCUGUCAUUUCCCUCACUCUGAGGCCUUAAAGCAACUCCCAGAUUAAUGAUCCUCCACUGGCUUCCGACUAAUUUACUUCCAUAGGAGUGGCCAGUAGAGGGCACCACUUUCAGAAGGUCAGCAUGAACAAACACUGUUGCAAAAUUGAUUGAAUUUUAUUUUUUACUACUUUUAUGUGUUAAAUAACAUUAUGACAAGACACCACAUUAAUAGUAAAGAUGUCAGAACAUGGCUGUAUCACUAAAAACAGUGUGAUCAGAUGAUCACUGCUGAUAAAUAAAACACCUCCAGACCUCAUUGAAAUGUGAAAAUACUGUACAAUAAUCUACAAUAGCUACAAUAAUCAAUAGUCAACUCCACAGUUUAAACAACAAUAAAAAAUAAUAAUAAUUAAAGGGCACCUUUCAAAGCACUCAAGAUCAGCUUACAGUACAUGAUUAAAAGAGCAGAAAAAUACAAUAAAAAUAAAUAAAUACAGGCACUUCCUGUUACAAAUUAGUCUUGCUGCACAGCUGCUGUUCUUACAUAAUAUCAAAAUGUCCCUCAUGCAUCAUCCAGUCUUGUCAUACUAGAGCUAGAUAAACAAAAUCCAAAGUAUAAUCCCAGUUUCUGAUCAAAUGUUUUCAGAAUUCGUUUGUCUUUCAGUUUAUUUUUUAUUUUCAGUUAAGUUUGUGUGGUCACGCUGUGUAUGAAAAGAUUAAGGUCAUUUGGGAUGAAGUCACUUACAAUAAUCUGGUACUUUGGUACACAUAUAUUUGGAUUGAAUUUUCCUACAUAAGAGUUUUCACGAGACAAAGAUGUUUGACCUUUAAAUGAGAACUUGAAAUGAGGUACUGUAUAUUUAAAGUUAUGAAGCACCAGUGAGGAAAUGAAAGAGUGCAGUGAAUCUACUGUCAUCGCAGAUGUUUGAUUAGAGACAUAUAAUAACACAUGUGCUUUCACACCAAAUCACAUUUUUGCAUUGUUUUACACACAAUUUGUGUCACUGGAUAAUUUCACUUGCAUGAAUACUCUCCUCACUCACUGCCCCUUCCUCUCUCACUUGUGCACGUACAGCGACUCCAUUCUGUUUCCUAUACAAUGUCCACACAUUAGAAGAAACUCAACACUACUGUAAAUGGCUUUCACAACAUUUCCUCCCACCCAGGUUCAUAUAUUUCGACACGGGGCGACUAAACAGGACAUCGUUUCACAUCUUCACAGGGUUUGCGUUUGCACGACCGAGAAAAGCGUGCUUCUUACCAUGUCUUUGCGUCGAUUUUAUAUCUCGUCUUAAAUGGAUUCAUUUGCCGCAAUCAAUGAAAUCAAUGAGAUAGGGCUCCAUAGUGACUAACUAGAUUGACUGCUGAUUACUUAAGGCGUUUAUUUAAAAAGAAUAAUAAAAAAAAUCUAUGUAUUAUUUCUGAUUUGUGCAAUAUUAUUAUUAAUGAUGAUGAUUUUAGAUUUAAUAAAUCAAGUUUGUUUGUCAGGAUGAAGUGCUGUGGUGAAUGUGUGCAUAUAUUUGGGGGUAUUUUUCCCCUUCUGAUCAAGAGUCACUGUGUUGUUAUCUAUAUGGUUUAAAUACAAAUCAUGUAGCAGCCUCAGACCUGUGUAAGAAAAUGUUCCACUAACUGUGAUUUUAAAGGAUGAGAUCUCUCUCUGUGUGUAUCUCACAUGCUUCAGUGCCUCUGUACAGUGUACAUUACAAAAUAAAUAUUUUCUAAACAA